GAAAAAUAAGCUAAAAGAAAGGUGUCACACGUCAAAUCGCGAGCGUAAGACACUCACUUUGCCUGUCAGAAAAAGGUGCUUUAAAUGACCAACGGGUAUUUCAUUGUGAUUUCAAUCUCAUAACCUGAUCCACAAAGAAAACGACCCAGCAGCUCAACCGAAAGUACCCACGUUCCUCUAUAACUCACCAUUCUUUCCCUCCUUGGUCCACCCCCAGAUUUCCUCCUUUUGGUUAGUGGUUCCCAUUCCCAACUGGCCCCCCUAAUUAUCUAAUUCAAAAUUCUCAACAACACAGAUAUUCUCUCUCAAUUGUUCAUUCCUUUUCAUUUUCAAAAAAAUUUCAAUGAUGGCCGCUGCUCCCUUCUUGCUUGAAUCAAACCUCAAAUGGAACCCUUUAUUCUACACUCCAAACCCAAUACAAUAUAACCGUUUUCUACAUCAUCAAAAGCUUACCCCUUCAAAACUCUCCAGACCCACCAAGCUAACCGUCAAAUGCUUCACCAACAACCGUAAAAAUGUAAACUUUAAUGACAAAAACGGGUCAGAAAUGAAGGAAAAAGAAAACCCAUUUGAUGUAAUUGUCAAAAGUGUAAUGAAAGCACUCAAAGCUUUACAGAAGCCAGCUGUAGCAGCUGUAUUAGUGGGGUUGUUGUUGAUGUAUGAUCCGAAUUCAGCAUUAGCUGCUUCCGGUGGGAGAAUUGGCGGCAAGUCGUUCUCGUCGUCGUCGCGGAGCUCUUCUUCGUCGAGGGGGUAUACUAUGAGGAGAUCAGAGCCUAGUUUUGGGUAUUCUGUUCCGUAUUAUGCUCCAUCCCCUUUUGGAUUUGGUGGGGGUGGGGUUUAUGUUGGUCCAGCUGUUGGUUUUGGGUCCAGUGCCUUUCUGGUUAUGAUGGGUUUUGCUGCCUUCGUUUUGGUUUCUGGGUUUCUGUCUGAUCGCUCCGAGGGCGGUGUGCUUACUGCUACUGACAAAACCAGUGUGCUCAAGCUGCAGGUUGGGUUGUUGGGCUUGGGUAGAUCACUUCAAAAGGAUCUCAACCAAAUUGCUGAAGUGGCAGAUACAUCCACACCUGAGGGUUUAAGCUAUGUCUUGACAGAGACAACAUUAGCUUUGCUUCGCCACCCUGAUUAUUGCAUCUCAGCUUAUUCAUCUGUUGAUGUCAAGAGGAGCAUGGAGGAAGGUGAGAAACGAUUCAAUCAGCUUUCCAUUGAGGAACGUGGUAAAUUUGAUGAAGAGACACUUGUGAAUGUGAACAACAUUAGAAGGAAAAGUUCUACGAGCCAGAGGGCAAAUGGAUUUAGCAAUGAAUAUAUAGUGGUUACAAUCUUGGUGGCUGCUGAAGGUGCUUAUAAAUUGCCUACUGUUAAUGGAAGCGGUGACUUGAAAGAAGCAUUGCAAAAGAUCGCGUCUAUUCCUUCCAGUAAAAUACUGGCAGUUGAGAUUUUAUGGACCCCACAGAACGAAUAUGACACAUUAUCAGAACGAGAACUUCUUGAGGAUUACCCUCUCUUACGGCCCCUGUAAGAAAUCCAGGAUUUCAUGCUCUUUUACUUUAUUAUACAGGCUCCUGUCAACCCCUUUUUGUUGUAUCUCCGUAUAUAUUCUGUGUAUAUAUAGCUCAUAGAGCAUCGAUAAUACUUGUAUAAGAGUGAGGGCAAUUCGUCGUAACUGUACUAGUCAAACUGUGUAUAUAAAGAGACUGAAUUCUCUUUAAA